CUUCAGCACUGGGCUGUAUUCUGUGUGGUUGCAUUAGUGUAUUGUAUUUCCCGGUGGUGAAUGAAAACUGAGAAGUGCACGAAACUGAACGAGAAUUGCGGUACGCUUUGUAUCAAAACAUGAAUGACCAAGAAACUCAGUGAAUUGUUAAUGAGACACACAUGUAAGAACAACUAGUAGCAACAUGGCAUCUGCACAGGACAGGAUGAAAGUAAAACGUGUUCCGUACGAUACAUGGAGCACAAGAGAGCAGCUAUGCUUGGCUGCAAGCGUAUUGUAUUCUGGGGAGAAUGUUCAGAAUUGGAAGGCCGUGUCCGAAUCAUUGGAGCCGUUUGCUGAAAAAGAAGCAUUGCGACCACCUGAUUGGUUUUCUCAAAAGUCUUGUGCCGUUCAAUAUUCACACUUGUUGGAAACAGCGGAUACUCCGAAAAGGAAAAAAAGGGAGAGCGGAGAAACGCAAGCUGAAUCCAUAGUGAAUCGAUUAACACAGGAAAGAAUUGCGGAACUGAAACAAAUUCUUGCGUUUCAAAGAGACGAAUAUCAACAGCUCAAAGCGGAAGUAAACCUUCUAAAAUGCGGCCCCUUAUCCGACGAUAAGCUGCAGAAAAUGUGGCAAGUCAUCGAACAAGAAGAACGGGAACAGGAGCAAAAAGUCAGAGCAUACGCCGCAUGGCUAACCAAACGACAACAAAAGCAAGAAUCUAUGAUAACACCGCUACCACCUGUACAACGAAAAGCGGUAGACAGUGUGAUGGAAAACCACGAUGCUUCUGUAUCGGAGUCAUCGAAUAAUGACGAGGAUGAAAAGAAACGAGGGGGCAGAUCGCCGCUCCUGACAAGCUUAUUAAAGUCCACCAGCCCAACGACUCAAGUACAAACACCACCGACGCCAACAAAAGCUAGCUCCCCUACCAUAGCCAGUCUCCUAGUUUCGAGUCCAAAGGUCCCGAGUUCCCAGCUAGAUCGUGGUCUGGUACAAAACGUUUCUUCCCAAUUGCAGCAGUUGGUCUCUACCGCAAUAGCAAACGCGCCACCCGAAAGACCUUCAGCUGGUGCGCCAACGCUUUCUAUGCUUUUGGAAUUGCCGGCAAAUCCACAGCGAGGAUCGUUACCAAACUUGCAACCAUCCUCUACGGUAACAACGCAGCUUAGUAUGCCUCCCGAAAUUCAUUCUUCUCUACCAACCAACGCACCGUCAACAUCCGAAGGCGUUUUACAAGUAAUCAAUCCUCCACCGCCGGUAUCGGUAUCUCAGAAUAUCCCAGUAACAGAGAGUAUGGUACAGAUAAUAGACCAUAUAGACGAAGUUAUUGGGAAGGAUAUAAUGGCCGACGUUAUUGACAAAGAUGAAAUAAACGAAAUCAUUGGAGAUAUUGAGGAGUUGAUCAAAGAGGAGAUCACUUCAAGCCCAAGAACGAACGAGACUCCACCCACGGCCACUGUUGUGGAACCAUUGACUGUACAAACGGUUCAAGAAACUGUCUCAAAGCGUCCCGAACCUCGCCCGAAACCUCGUCCAGAACCUCGGAACGUCGAUGAGCCAGUAUCAUUGUCGGAUUCACCUGAAAGUGAACUAGCAAUAGAAGAUAUUGAUUCAAGUACGUCAAAUAUCGCGGAAAUCAUUGGAACCGUAGCUGUUGAAUCUACGGAGUCGAAAAUAAUGGUCACUUGCCAAUCGCCGAAGGUUGAGGAGAAAGCCAAAUCAGAGGCUGGGGAUGCGGAUGAGGAAAACAUGGGUAACGAAUCGUUAGCAGAGGAACUUCGGAAUUCCCCUUAUGAAGGAGACGAUACUACCGAAGAAGUGGAGUUGAGUCCCAAAAGCGAAGGAAAAGAGUCUGAAAGCAACGAAAACACGCCGACGGAUACAAAAGGGUCGGAAGACCGGAAUAUGGAGAAGAGUGCCACACCAGAGGUGACGGAAGAUGCGAUAAAGGAAGAAACUGACCUCAUCGAAGCUGAGAAGGAUACAACAAGCGACAGUACAAGUGAUGAGAAAGAGCCUGUUCAGGAAUCGGAGAUUAAACAAGAACCGCAAAUAGAUCAACUGGAAAUGGAUCUUGCUGAGAUAACCGGGGACCCACAAGACAAAUCGGCUGAGGCAGCGCCCGCCAGUGUAUCGUCCGAAACUUCAAACGACGGAGCUAGUGCAGAGGAAGCGGAGAAAUCUCAGGACAUAAGUCUGAUUUUAGAAGAUGACGAAAGUUCGCAAGGGUCGCAAAACAAGGACAAAACACCUCCGCAAGAACAGGUAUCAGAUAUGGUGGACACUUUUGAGUCGUGUCCUGAGGAAUCCACCGUUUCAACCGAGGAGGAACCUGAUGUGGUGGUAAAAGUCACCGAGAACGUGCCAAUCGUCAUGGACGAAUCAACAACUGAGUCCAAGGACAAUGUUUCGGAAGAAAUGGAAAAGGAAGAAGACAAGAAGGAGAGCUUUAAAGACUCUAUCGACGUGAUAGUUCAUCAAGUCAACGACAAGGAGGCAGAGGUAGGCGGCGUAUCAGGGACUGAUCCAAAUCCUCCUGCUAUACCGGAAGCUGUGGAGGUUGUGAAAGAAGAAGCAGCAGAUGUUCCGGAGCCCACGAAGACCGAAGAGUCAACAUUGAAAGAGGAGGCAGAGAAAACGGUUAUUGAGAAAACUAUGGAAGCAGAAGAACAAAACAAAAUUAAAGUCGAAAUUGAUGCAGAAUCUGUUACGGAGAAGAACGAAGAGGUGGCAAGAGACAAUGAAAUGCCAGAGGAUAAACCGGAAAUAAAAGAAACCUUGGAACCUGAACCAGAUGUCAAAAAAGAGCCGGUCACUGGAAUCGCAGACGAUGGAGACCUUGACGAGGAGGAAUCUUCGUUGAGUAAAUUGAGUGGUGGUCGCACCAUGAAAACCUACUCCAAGAGGCCGGUUGUUACGAUAGACAGUGAACCAGAGAAUGAAGGAAGUGGGGAAGGCGCCGAUUACCGUGCUUGGAAGAAAGCUGUUAUGUUGGUAUUUAAUAGACUGGUCACACACAAAUAUGCGUCUGUAUUUCUGAGGCCCAUCACGGAAGAUCAAGCGCCGGGUUAUCAUUCGGUCAUUUUCCGUCCUAUGGAUUUGUCAACCAUUAAAAAGAACAUUGACAAUGGAACCAUCAGGUCUACAAUGCACUUCCAGCGAGAUGUUAUGCUGAUGUUCCAAAACGCCAUUAUGUACAACAAACAGGAUACAUUUGUCUACAAAAUGGCUGUUUCCAUGCAAGAAGAAUGCUUGCAACACAUGCAGAUAUUAGUACAAGUCACCGGCGAGGGACCGUUUAGAAGAGAAACAAGAACAGCUGCUAGCAGUAGUAGCGAUUUUGGCGAUUCGUCUGCAAAACCGCAGCGAAAAAGAAGUCACAUAACUCCUAGCCCACAUGACUCUGACAGUGCACGCACUAAGAAACGAAGAAAAUCGGAGAACGAUUAAUACGUUCAAACAGUCAAGUGCCGAUCUGUUGCUUGAUAAUGUUUCACGUAUAUCGUGUUGAAAUUCCUUUCACCAACUUGUGGACAAAGUUGAUAGCUUGCGGCCGAUUGAAGGUACAAAAACAUUAUCGGGAAAAUUGCACUGUCCACAGUACUGCAAGGUGUUAAAGUGUAAUACGCCUCAUGGACAAUAUGUCACAGCUGUAUAUACCAUAAUAUAGAAGAAUUAUCUCCACAA